AAGAUGUGGUGCCUCCUCGUGCUGCUCUGCUCCCAGGGAAUUGCCUUUCCAGCAGGAUUCUCAGCAGGAUUCUCAGCAGCCUCCAGUGCAGGUGUUGACACAAGCCGCUGCAAGCGCCGCAACCCGGAAUGCUUCAUGAAUGUUAGUGAAAUUAUCAGAUAUCAUGGAUUCCCCAGCGAGGAAUAUGAAGUUCCAACAGAGGAUGGAUACAUUCUUGGUGUUUUCAGAAUUCCUUCUGGAAGGAACAACCACAAUACAGGGAAGAAGCCUGCAGUCUUGCUACAUCAUGGUUUUUUAUCAGAUUCUAUUCACUGGAUUGCCAACCUGCCCAACAACAGCUUGGGCUUCAUCCUUGCAGAUGCUGGCUAUGAUGUCUGGUUGGGAAACAGCCGAGGAGACACCUGGUCUUUAAAACAUAAGACCCUUAAGCCCUGCCAGAAAGAGUUCUGGCAGUUCAGCUUCGAUGAGAUAGGUAAAUACGAUAUUCCAGCAGAGCUGAACUUCAUCCUGAAUAAAACUGGACAGAAGGAUGUUUACUAUAUUGGUCACUCCGAAGGGUCAGCUGCAGGCUUCAUAGCACUUUCUACUUAUCCUGACAUGCCUCAGAAGAUUAAAGCAUUCUUUGCUUUGGCACCAGUGACCACCAUCACACAUUCUACCAGUCCUAUGAUAACAAUUGCACUGCUUCCCCAGCCACUGAUCAGGUUACUGCUUGGCUGCAAAGGAGUUCUUCAAUACAAUGAGCUGAUGAAAGGACCGGUAACACGGUUCUGCGCAUGUCAGGGGAAAGUCUGUGGCAGUAUCUUCUGCUACCUGACCGGGGGCAGGAUACAAAAUAUGAACAUGAGUCGAACAGAUUCAUACUCGGGACACUACCCAGCUGGAACAUCGGUACAGAACGUUAUUCACUGGCAGCAGAUAAAACAUGCAGACCAAUUUCAAGCUUAUGACUACGGCUGUAAGGAAAACAUGAAGAAAUACAACCAGACUGCUCCUCCUGAGUACAAGAUAGAGGAGAUAAAGGUGCCAACUGCUGUUUGGAGUGGUGGACAGGACAAAUUUGCAGACCCAACAGACAUAGCAAGGCUUCUUCCUCGGAUCACUAAUCUCAUUUACCAUGAGCAUUUUCCUACAUGGGGACAUCUUGAUUUCCUCUGGGGCCUUGAUGCAACUGAGAAAAUGUAUCUGAAAAUCAUUGAACUACUGAAGAAAUAUGCUUAG